UUGACUUGAAAAAAAAUUGGAGAGAUCUGCUACUCCUUUAUAUUUGUCUGAAACAACGCCAAUAACCCACACCAAAACAAAACCCACACUUCACAUAUCUUACCAAUCCAACCAAACUAAUUGAUGUUUCAUCUCCUACCCUGUUUCUCACAGUUGAUCCAUUGAAGUAGUUGGGCUCAAUUUUGUGAUGAUGUUUUAGUUUAAAGACUGGUUCUUUGGGGUUUGUGUGUUGUAGAUUUGAUUAGGGUGUUUAGGCAAUUUGGUAAGUUUUGUUAGUGAUUAGUUUAGGAGGAAGAAAGGUAGAUUUUUUUUUUAGUCUUUUGUUGUGUAAAAUGUUGAGAGAUGAGGCUUAGAUUCAAGAAUGGGGUGUAUAAUUAGCAGAGAAGCGCCCUCAGGAGUUGAGACUGCGUCUAAGAGUGUGAGGGAGGAUUUGAGUGUGGAGUCCAGUAGGAAGGUAGAUGAUGUUGUGGUGGCCAAUGUAGAUAGUGAGGUUCAAGUUGUGGGUGAGGUUGUUGUUGGUGGGGAUGAGGCUAAGAAGGAGGAGAACGGCCAUGAAAGCCAGCGGCCUCCGAAGGGGGAGAGAAGGCGGUCCAAGCCAAACCCGAGGCUGAGUAAUAUGCCAAAUAAAGCCCGUGGCGAGCAGGUAGCUGCUGGGUGGCCUCCUUGGCUGACGGCUGUGUGUGGGGAGGCACUCAAUGGGUGGAUUCCACGGAAAGCAGACACCUUUGAGAAGAUUGAUAAGAUUGGGUCUGGAACUUACAGUAAUGUGUACAAAGCUAAAGAUAUGUUGACGGGGAAAAUUGUUGCUCUAAAGAAAGUUAGAUUUGACAAUUUGGAACCCGAGAGUGUGAAGUUUAUGGCUAGGGAAAUCCUAAUUUUGCGGAGAUUAGAUCAUACUAAUGUUGUGAAGUUGGAGGGUCUGGUCACUUCAAGGAUGUCAUGUAGUUUGUACUUGGUAUUUGAAUAUAUGGAACAUGAUCUAGCUGGACUUGCUGCAAGCCCAGAUAUUAAAUUCACAGAACCCCAGGUCAAAUGUUAUAUGCAUCAACUAUUAUCUGGACUUGAGCACUGUCACAACCGCGGUGUGCUUCAUCGUGAUAUCAAGGGAUCCAAUCUUCUGAUUGACAACGGUGGAGUACUUAAGAUUGCUGACUUUGGAUUGGCUUCUUUCUUCGAUCCAAAGCACAAGCAUCCCAUGACUAGUCGGGUGGUUACUCUGUGGUAUCGGCCUCCUGAGCUUCUUCUUGGGGCUACUGAUUAUAGUGUGGGUGUGGACCUCUGGAGUGCCGGUUGCAUUUUAGCAGAGUUACUAUCUGGGAAGCCUAUCAUGCCUGGCCGCACUGAGGUUGAACAACUCCACAAAAUAUACAAACUCUGUGGCUCACCUACAGAUGAAUAUUGGAAAAAAGCAAAAUUGCCAAAUGCAACUCUAUUUAAGCCCCGAGAGCCUUACAGAAGAAGCAUAAGAGAGACUUUUAAAGAUUUUCCCCCUUCAGCACUGCCCCUAGUCGAAAGUUUACUAGCAAUUGAUCCUGCAGAGCGUCAGACAGCCUCAGCCGCAUUACAUAGUGAGUUUUUCAUGACAGAGCCUUAUGCUUGUGAACCUUCUAGCCUCCCACAGUAUCCCCCAACAAAAGAAAUUGAUGCAAAACGUCGAGAUGAUGAAGCUCGUAGGAUUAGAGCUGCUGGUAGAGCCCAGGCUGAUGGUACAAAGAAAACACGUAUACGUGAACGUGGUCCUAGGCCCAUGGCAGCUCCAGAAGCCAAUGCGGAGCUUCAAUCUAAUAUCGAUAGAAGGAGAUUGAUUACACAUAAUGCCAAGAGUAAAAGCGAAAAGUUUCCUCCACCGCACCAGGAUGGGGCAGUUGGUUACCCAUUGGGCGCUUCUCAUCAUAUUGAUCUUGCGCUUGUUCCUCCUGAUGUCCCAUUUAGUACAACCUCAUUUGGUUAUCCUAAGGAAGCAAUACAAACGUGGUCAGGUCCCUUAGUUGAUUCCACUGGUCCAAGAAGGAAGAAGCAUACCGAUGCCCGGGAAUCUUCAAAAUCCUUUGUAGGAACUCAUAAAGAUAAACAUCACGAUGCACGUAGAGGAAAGAAAAGUGCAGCUUAAAAUUGUGGAGAACAUAGUUGAUAACUGUUGGGUACUUCUUCCAACUCUAUACAAAGGAAGACUUGUUGCUGCCAGACAAAAGUGAAUUUAUUGGUCCCAGCUUCUUCUCACACAGUACCAUUAUUUCAUUAGAGGUGUAGGGGUGAAAUCUUCAAUUUUUUUUUUCUGUUAUAAUCUUAUCUACAUUUGUAGCCCCCUUCCUUCCCAGGUGAGUUUUCUUUCUUGGAGACCCUGGUUUGAGAGUCGGUGGCAGCACAUUGCCUGCUAUGCGGCGCCUCCUGGAGCUCGUCUCCAAUGUCCUCUGUGUUUUCCUUCUCUUCCCUUGCCUCUGGUUGCGUCUCUUCCCUCCUUUCUUCAGUUGCUCUCUCCCUCCAUCUCCCUUGCCUUGCCUGUAUCUAGUUUCAUCUUGAGCUCGAAUCCUUGCCUCCUAGGCUUCUCUGGCUCGUCUUUGUUUGGGUUCCCUUUCCUCGUAAACUUUCCGAACUAGUUACUUGUCUUUUCUGUGUGUUGUGUGAAAUCUUGUGAACGAGGUUAUCUGGUUCUUUUCUUCUGGAGAUAUCAUAUUCUUUUCUUCUGGAGAUAUCAGAUUACUUUCCUUUCCAAAACCUUUGUAUUGUUCGUUUUUCAAUGAAUGUUUUUCUACAUAUUCCCCCAUCUUUUACAAGAUAGUGAUAUUUUUUUUAUUCAUUUUCAAUUUGUUGGAGGGGGAUUCUAGUUCACCUCCAAAGUUGCUAUAUAAACCUCCUAUAAUUUUU